AUGAAGGCAACAACCGCCAUCGCAUCUCUGCUUGCUGCGGCGGCCUGUGUCUCGGCCAACAGCGUUUCGUAUCCCGUGCUCGCUUUCACAUCGCAACAAGCCUCGUCGACCAAGCUGCAACUUCCCACCGAUUCGAGCCUCACCGGGUUUGUCGACUCCCUCCUCAUCUCGGGAAGGACCUCACCUGUCUGCAACCUUGACGCCAUCGCAUUUGUGCACGCUGAUCAACUGGACCGCGACACAUUCGCAAGCCUUCGACACUCUUCAACCCACUCGCUUCGCGCCAGAUCGUUGGGUGCUCCUUCUCAAGUUACCUUCAAUGCCGCACCGGGUGCGGAACGAUACAGCAGCCUCGUCUCGCGUAUCUCGAAGGAGUGCGGCUUUGGACGUACCGAGAUGCUGGAGCUGCGUGCUUCUCACGAAGUGCUCCGCAGCGAGCAUAAAGUAUUUGCUCACAUCGAUGCCGGCGACAUCCGCAAGCAGGAAUCUGCGCUCUUGCAAACAUUGGAAUCUCUCGACGAGGCCUACCCUAGAAACCUCGUUAUCGUUACGCACAACGAUCGUAUGCACCAACACGCAAAGCGUCAGUACGUCGCCGAGCCUCUGGCCUCCAGCGGCAACUGGACCGAACCUCAAGGCGGUGUCUUUGCCAAAUACCAGCUCUUCUCGACGCCUCUGAUUCUCACUUUGCUGCUGGUGGGCGGACUGCUGCUUCCCAUUGUCUACUUCGCCGUUUCGCAGCUGGCCCAAGUGCAGACCCCCGACCAGAUGGGUGUGCGCAAAGACCCCAUUUCUGGCGACAGGAAGACGCAGUAG